AUGUCCAGACCGCUUAUGCGAAUCCCGUACACGGGGCCUCUGCCACCACCCCUGAUCAUUCCCCCCUCGGCGGCCAGCAAACAAGGUGCCGUCGCCGCCCUCGCGCAUUUCCUGACCUCCCCUGCGCCGUCCGCGAUCCCCAUCACUUCCCCAGGUCAAGAUGAGCAACGUGAGCGAAACAAGACAGUCCUUCUUACAGGCGCAGGCAUAAGCGUCGCCUCAGGCCUGGCCGACUAUCGUGGCGUCAACGGCACCUACACCCAGAAUAAGAACUACCGUCCCAUCUACUACCAUGAAUUCAUCUCGAGCCACGAAUCCCGCAAGCGAUACUGGGCCCGCUCCUUCUUGGGCUGGAGAGGUCUUCACCGCUCCAAACCCAACGCCGGGCACUAUGCCAUUCGUGAUCUGGGAAAAUUGGGACUGGUCGACCGUGUGGUUACGCAAAAUGUCGAUUCGUUCCAUGGUCUUGCGCAUCCGCAACUGAAGACGGUGGAACUACAUGGGUUUCUCAGGGCCCUCGUCUGUCUGAGCUGUCGGAGGCUCAUCGAUCGCGAUGUCUUCCAGAAGCAAUUGGCCGAGUUGAAUCCCGCCUGGGCAGAAUUUUUGCAACAGCUACUUGCAUCGGGGGCGUUGGAUACCGAGAAUCCCGUCGAAAGGAGGAGGCUCGGGUUUAGGACAAAUCCCGACGGUGAUGCCGAUGUUCCUGGUGCCCCGUACUACACCUUUAGAUACCCGGCUUGUCCGCAUUGCCUGAAGCGACCACCCAUCCUCAAAGAUGGGAGUAAGGGCCACGUGGAUGUCGAUGCGGACGGUGCCUGGAUACCAUCAACCUCAACCACGGAGUCGUCCGUGGCGCCCAACGGCGUCGGUGUGCUCAAACCCAAUGUGAUCAUGUUCGGUGAAUCCAUCUCAGCCGAUGUGAAAACCGCAGCGGAGGAAGCUAUUGAUUCCGCGGCCAAGAUCUUGGUCGUCGGCAGCUCUCUCGCGACAUACUCGGCCUGGAGGCUGGUGAAGAGAGCGCAUGAGCGGGGCAUGGGCAUCGGAAUCUUGAAUAUGGGUGGUGUCAGGAAGGAGGAGGUAUUCUUUGGGGAUCUCCUCCCGCACCAUCUUCCUCGUCAUCAAGGGCAGGAAGAUCGACAUGCUGGGUGGACGGCCUUGAGGCGGGAACUCGUGCGUGCCAGUUUGCCUGCCGAAGAGAUUUUGCCUGCAGUGGUCGAUGCCAUUCGCGCCAAUGUGUCUGAACAAGAACAGUCCCCUGUGACCAGCCUUCAGACUCACGCCUGA